AGUUUAUCUUUAUUUGUUUUGAAACUUUCUUUUACUUUUACCCAUAUUCGAAAUAAAAAUAAAAACCUUCAGUUGCCAAUAUUAAAUGUUAUGUUUAACAAAUGCCUGUUCAUUCGCUAUUCAUCAUUUGUAAAUACUUUUAAUCAAUGGGUAUACAGUUACAGUAAACGACUAUCCCGUUACACGAAGAUCCACGUCAAUAAAAUUUGUUGAAUAACUGUGCGAAUUAUCAGCGAUGGGUCGUGCAAAGGGAUAUCAAGACCUAGAUGAUAAUGCUGUCGGCCCGCGGCCACCUCUCCAAAACAUGCCUCCACCACAGGAAAUCGAAAUGGCUUCAGUCUCCGUUGUGCCCGACGAUACCUUCACUGUCACACAGGCUGUGAAUGCACUUGGUUUUGGUUGGUUCCAAGUAAAAUUGUCCCUUUGCACAGGCCUAUGUUGGAUGGCAGACUCAAUGGAGAUGACUAUUCUCAGUAUACUUUCUCCGGCAUUACACUGUGAAUGGAAUAUAAGCAAAUACCAACAAGCUCUCACAACAACAAUUGUAUUCAUGGGAAUGAUGUUGAGUUCAACAUUUUGGGGCAAUAUCAGCGACCGUUAUGGAAGAAAAACUGCCCUCAGUAUGUGUGGUGUGCUGUUAUUUUAUUAUGGACUAUUAAGUGCUAUUGCACCUAACUUUCUUUGGUUACUGUUCCUUCGUGGUCUGGUUGGCUUUGCUAUUGGCUGUGUCCCACAAUCAGUUACUUUGUAUGCUGAAUUUUUACCGACAAAACAGAGGGCUAAGUGUGUAGUUCUUCUUGAUUGUUUCUGGGCGCUGGGUGCGUGUUUGGAAGUGGCAUUGGCCCUGGUUGUGAUGCCCACACUAGGGGUACACUGGCUUCUGGCGUUAUCCACAAUACCGCUCCUAAUGUUCGCAAUCAUAUGUCCUUGGUUACCGGAGUCUGCGAGAUAUCAUGUAGCAAGUGGGCAACCAGAUAAAGCAUUAGCCACACUAGAACAGAUAGCGCAAGACAACGGGAGACCGAUGUUGCUAGGUCGACUUGUGUGCGACGACUCAGUCGGCAUCGGACAGCGCGGCCGCUUGAAGCAUCUGCUCAUACCGCAUCUCAGAAACACUAGCCUCUUGCUCUGGUUCAUUUGGAUGUCCUGUGCGUUUUGUUACUACGGCCUGGUUUUGAUGACGACGGAACUGUUCGAGAACGAGCCGUCGAGUCUCGGCGAGACGUGCGCCGCCGACUGCCGCCCGCUGCAGACUACCGACUAUAUGGAUCUGCUGUGGACUACGCUAGCCGAGUUCCCAGGAAUUUUUGCCACCAUUUUCAUAAUUGAGAAGUUCGGACGAAAGAAAACUAUGGCGUCGCAGUUCGUUAUAUUCGCCAUCUGUGUUUGUGUGCUGAUUUAUAACGACAACCGCACAUUCCUAACAUGCAUUUUGUUCGUGGCGCGCGGCAUCAUCGCCGGAUUGUUCCAAGCCGCCUACGUCUACACACCAGAGGUUUAUCCGACUGCCUUAAGGUCGACGGCUGUAGGUGCCUGCAGUGGAGUGGCGAGACUCGGAGCCAUGGUCACACCAUAUGUGGCACAGGUCCUACUAAAAAACUCGAUAGUGAUAGCGACGGGCGUCUACUCAAUGGCGGCGCUACUAGCAGCCGCCGCCAGCUUGGCGCUGCCCAUCGAGACCAAAGGCCGUGAAAUGAGGGACUCUGUCACCGCCAUCAACUGACAUAGCAACUUAAAAAGCUGACUGACGUCACGGAAUGACAAAUUUGAUAUCAAUUUCGAGAACUAUAGCGACGUCACUGGAAUACUAAAUUAAAUCUCACUAACUGACAGCCUUCCGAUGCCUAUAAGGACUUAAUAUCGGGGAAUGAGGGAAUCAAGUGUCUACAACUUGGAUUGACCUCAUUGGGAAUGAGGUACCAAAUUGAAUCUUAGUUUCGAGAACCAGCGUGGCGUCACUGGGCACCAAAUUGAAUCUCACCCACCACUGACCUUUAUAAUGUACUCUGGACUUCAUAUUACCUUUGGCUAACUAUUUUGGUGCUGAUUGCGCUUACAGUAGUGUAAGCGUUAUUUAAUUUUUUUGGCGUCAUAUUUAAGAUACAAAAAUCCACUCCAAUGCAAUCUGAGCAUAAUGUACUUAUAUCUCACUUAUUAUUUAUUAGAAGGUGAAUAGGGUUAUACUAUUUUAAGCCUUGGAAGGAGCAAUAUAGAAUCUCAUUACCAUUUCGAAUAUAUUUCGCCUUGAUGAUAUUAUUAUUUCUAAUUGUAAUAAUAAUUUUUAACAUUGUAAACUAAAAUAUUAGGUUUUUUCUGCAUAAUUGUUCACUCACUACUUAAGACUGCCUAUUUGCAUUUAUUUUUAACAAAUUCACUAUUUUAACUUUUAUAACUCACGGUUUUAACAUGCAAAACACUUUGUCUUUCUAUAUUAAUUUAUAUCUGUAGUUAUAGUAGGUAUAAUAACAUUGCUGUGAUACUUACAUUUGAUAUGACAAUGUACUUAAUCUCGACCAAUGAAUAUUUUUAUUUUUUGCUGUUCUUGUUAUAAUCUAAGAUAAAUUUUUGAUACUAUUUGCUAAUUUAUUGCACUUAUUUAAGUAAUAAAAUUAAGCGACAUUUGAUCAAUCUUGAUGGUCUUGUAGGUAUUUAAAAAACUUCAUAGUAAAUUAUAACUUUUGUAUUAUUUACAACUAUAGAUUGUUAUUAUCAAGCACUGAUAGGUGAAAAACAAGUUUUAAAGUAACAUCAUUUUACGCUCUAAUUAGUUUAGAGCGACAGGGACAGAAGCUACAAUACUUUCUUAAAACAUUAGUUUGUGUAACAUCAUAUAGUUCAUAUUUCAACGACUUUAAAGAGAAACGCUAAUGUUAAAGUAGAAUAUUUUAUAAUAUCGAUUUGUUUCUAUUACCGAUGUUAUACGUAAUAUAGAUAUAUAUAAUAUAGAUAAUAGAAAUAUUUCUAAAACUGAUUCACAUUAUAAUGGGUAAUACUCAUUUCCAUAUUUUUUUUUGUUGUUAACAUAUUUAAAAUUGUCUUCCAUUUUAUAUGGUUGUGUGAAAAAGGUGCUAUGAAAUCGAAUUAAUCAGGUAUAAUUUUUUUUUAUAUCAAGCUAUCAAUUAAUGUGAUUAUGAUGGUGACAAAAUCAGUUUUGGAGUAUAUAAUCAGAUGUUAUUUACGAUUGUUAUAUUUUGCACAUUUUAUAAUGAUAACUUGCAUUUUUUUACACUCGCGCCUAAUAUAUACUUACAAAAAGCUUUUGAAGUAUCAUUUUUAGUUUAGUUUUGUUGUUAUUCGGAAUAUUAUAGCACCAAUUGGUGAGUAUACACACUGGCUAGUACCUACACUAUAUAAAAUUGUGGUACCAGUGAAAUAAGAUAUUAGAAUUAGAAUAUAACGAUGACAACAUAACAGCACGUCUCGUUUUAAUGUUACAUCUCAAUUAUGAGAUUUAUUUGCAUUUUUGAUGAUUUCUUUUGUUUUAAGGAGGUACAACAUGCCAUGCCAUUUUUAUUUCUAUAGUCAAAGUAUUUCUGGAAUCUUGCCAUGCAAAUUAAGAACCUAGUUCGGCAGAACCGAAUUAGGUAUUAUAUUUGUUUACCAACCUACCAUACUUUGCCUGUAAACUACUAAGGUGAAUAAUACUAGUGGAAAAAACGAACAGACUCAAGAACUCUUAACUAUGGAGACG